AUGUUUAAGACAUGUCAAAGAAUUUCUGUGACCAAUGAUACUUGGACUUCAAUACAAAGAAUUAAUUAUAUGUGUCUUACAGCUCAUUUCAUUGAUAAUGACUUGAAAUUGAAUAAAAAGAUCAUAAAUUUUUGUCCAAUUUCUAGUCAUAAAGGAGAGGCUAUUGGAAAAGCAGUUGAGGCAUGUUUAGAGUAUUGGGGUAUUGAUGAUAAACUUUUUACUGUCACUGUUGAUAAUGCUUCUUCAAAUGAUGUUGCUUGUGCACACUUGAGUAGAAUGGUUAGAAGAACAGGAUGUAUAAAUGAUGGAAAAAAUCUUCAUGUUAGAUGCAUUGCUCAUAUCAUUAAUUUAAUUGUGUGGGAUGGUAUUAGAGAACAUGGUGUGUGCAUUGAUAGAGUUAGAAAUGCUGUGAAAUAUGUUAAGAAUUCCCCUGCAAGAAUACUUAGAUUCAAAGAUCUUGUGCAAAAAGCAAACAUAGAUUCAAAAUCUUCUUUAUCCUUUGAUGUCCCCACUCGUUGGAACUCCACAUACAUAAUGUUGGAAACGGCUUUGAAGUUUCGACGUGUUUUUAGUGGGUUAUCUCUUCCUGAUGGAGAGGAUUUGAAUGACAAUGAAAGGCCUCCCGAACCCGAAGAUUGGGAAAAAGUGGAGAGGUUGGUUUUGUUUCUAGAGGGGUUUUAUCUGUUAACUAAACGAAUUUCUGGUUCCCAUUAUGUGACAGCUAAUAAAGGUUUAGGAGAAAUUGCUUCUAUGUAUGAUAUGUUGAAUAAUUGGGAACAAAGUGAGGACUUGAAUUUUCAAGCCAUGGCCAUUGCAAUGAAAAAAAAGUUUGAUAAGUAUUGGGGGGAUGUGGAUAAGAUGAAUAAGUUCAUUUAUGUUGCUCUUCUUCUCGACCCUCACUCUAAGAUGGUCAUUGUUGAAUUGACACUAACGGAUAUGCAUGGACCGGAAAAGGGUACAAAACUUGCUAAUGAUGUGAAGGAGUUCUCUUACUCUUUAUUUGAGGAAUAUAGAAAAAUGUAUGCUACUUCUAAUAUUCCAGAUUGUGGAGAUAAUAUGUCAAUGGAUAUUGAUAAUAGUAAAGGAGUGGGUUCCGAUUAUGUGAGGAAACUAAAAGAAAGAGCAAAACGAUUGAAGGGGACAAGUGGGUAUGCGAUAAGUGAGUUGGAUAGGUACUUAAAUGAUCAAUUAGGGCCGGAGGAGGAAGAACAAGAUGCAUUGACAUGGUGGGGUAAGAAUGGUCAGCGUUAUGUGAUUCUUAAUCGCAUGGCACGUGACAUACAAGUCAUCCCAUUGUCGACCGUUGCAUCGGAAUCUGCUUUUAGUACGGGAGGUCGUACUCUAGAUCCAUUUCGGAGUUCUUUAACUCCUAAGCCGAAGUUAGAUAUUUUCACUGAGCUUACUCUCUAUUCCCAGUAUAAACCAUCUCCUACACCAAAAACUAACCCAACCAUUUCAAACUCAUUAGAUCACAAUUAUAAGUUCAUUAACCAAACCCACAAAAUUCUUAAACAAAAAUGGCUAAUAAUUAAGCCUAAUACACAACCUCAAAUAAACCACAAUUAUACUAACAUUAAUAAAAACACUAUGUCAUCAUUAUCUUCUUCAUCAUGGGGUAUUAGAACUAGCUUUCAACUUUUAACACCACUUAUCCUUCUUGUUCUUGUUAUCUCUAUCUUCUACUUCACCCAAGACGACGGAUCGAGUCUCAAACUCGAUCCGUUAUCUCCAUUGUCAUCGCCAUCAUUGUCGCCGCCUUUGGUAAACGACAAUGAGGUUGUUAUUAGGGAUGGCAAUGAUACAAAGGAAGAAGUAAAAAUGUUGCAAAAAAAGUGUGAUUAUUUUACGGGAAAAUGGGUGUUUGAUAAUAAAACAUACCCUUUAUAUGAUGGAAAAGGGUGUGAAUUUUUGUCAGAUCUUAUGGGUUGUGAGUUUUUUGGACGUCAAGAUUUGAGUUAUCAAUAUUGGAGAUGGCAACCUCACCAUUGUGACCUUCCAAGGUUCAAUGCCACAGCAUUGCUGGAGAAGCUAAGGAACAAGAGACUUAUGUAUGUUGGAGAUUCUUUGAAUAGAAAUCAAUGGGUCUCUAUGAUGUGUUUGGUGGAUUCUUCAAUUCCUUCUUCCUUCAAAUCCAUGCAAACCAAUGGCUCCUUAUUCACCUUCAAAGCCUUUGAGUAUAAUGCGACAAUAGAGUUCUAUUGGGCCCCAUUGUUGGUGGAGUCCAAUGCAGAUGACCCAUUUAAACAUCGAGUUGGGGAUAGAAUAGCCAGAACUCAAGCCAUUGAAAUGCAUGCCAAACAUUGGACUCACGCUGACUUCCUCAUCUUUGACUCUUAUUUGUGGUGGAGAGUUCCUUUCAUGAAAAUCUUGUGGGGAACCUUUGAAAGUCCAGACGGAGUAUACAAGGAAGUAGAAAUGUUAAAAGGUUAUGAAAUGGCAUUGAGGACUUGGUCUGAUUGGCUGGAAAUUCAUGUCAACCAUUCUAAAACUCAGAUUUUUUGGAUGAGCUUGUCUCCUACUCAUGAAAGGAGUGAAGAAUGGGGAAGUACAGGUAGUCCAAACUGUUACAACGAAACACAGCCAAUAAUGAUGCAAGAUUAUUGGGGAAGUGGCUCAGACCCAAAUAUGAUGAAAUUAGUGGAAUCAACAAUUGAGAAUUUAAGGAAAAAGGGGUUAAAUAUCGAAUUACUCAACAUAACUCAACUCUCGGAAUAUAGAAAAGAUGCACACCUAUCAAUUUAUAGAAAGUUUUAUGAUCCUCUAACAAAAGAACAACUAGCAAACCCUAGUGGUUAUGCUGAUUGCUUUCAUUGGUGCCUUCCUGGUGUACCCGAUACUUGGAAUGAAAUCCUCUACGCUUACAUUUUUAGUUCUUUGUGACACGUAGAAAAUAUACAUCAUAUAAGUAGGAAUUGAUUAUUUUGUAAGAGGGGUAAGAAAGAAUAACAAAGAACAUUAAUAUACAAAUUUAUUUUAUUUA